AAUGAUUCUAAAAAAGAAAGUACCGGUAAUGCAAAAAAGUCAAAGAAAUGUUGAUGAAACGAUUCUAAAAAAGGAAGAAAUGCAAAAAAGUCAAAGAAAUAGGAGGCAAGAUGUGAGAAAAAAAACUGGUAAAAAUAAGAAGAAAAGUCAAUAGAACCUUAUUUUUUCAAUACUGUCUUCAGGGUAAUUAUUUCAAAAUUGAUGAAAUAUGUUGUCAACCUGAUAACAAUGUUCAAGAAUUUUUGUCAUAAUAAAUAUUUUCAGGAAACACUUUGCAUUGCGAGUAUAUGGAAAUACCGUAGUUUUGAGUGCUGUUAUGGCUUUGUAAAGAAGAUGUAUGUAUAUUGUUAUCUAAAUUGCAAAUGUAUAAAAUAUUUAGUAGUUAGCAUGAAAUUAUCUAUUUGUAUGUGAAUUUUACUCUUAGCUGAUUUUUCCAUUAUUGUGUACUUUAAAUUGAAGCUCUAAAUUUUAAUUGCCUAUGCAUCGAAACUUUGAUUUUUUAUGUGUACUAUUCAUAAUUACGAUACUUCCCAUUCUUGUUGCAAGCAGUAGCAUAAAAAAUAAUAUCAUGAUUGUACUUGGUGCUUUUAAAAUUAAUUUGGAUUGUUUUAAUUAGUAGGUCUUUAUUAGCUCUUAACUUGUAUAGUGUGGAAGAAUAGUCUUCAUAAAUUGUGAUAGAUUUCCAAUUCAGCAGGAAAUCAGUCUGAGGUGUUGAAAAUUAUUAAGGUCUUGAACAUUCUGGAUGAUUAUUAUGCUUGAUAAAAUCAAAAAGUUCAGCCUGCUGCUAUUUUGUUACCUGUGUGAAAUUUCAAACUAUAUUUUGUGUUUUUGCUCUCGGUUGUUUGCUAAAUUUUGUACUUUUCACCUUAUGGGGAGAUUAGAAACUGUGCAAUUCAUUUUGGCCUCAUUUAUAUAAAUUUAAAAUUCGUAAUUUAUUAUAAAUAAUAUUUAGUUGCUAGAUAUAAAUAUGUCAUGGAAGAAGCUUCGCCAAAAAAGAGGACUAGUUUGAGAAACAGUGUUUUAAAGCGACCAAACAGAAAUCUAAGCCAAUCGUUUGAUCCCACUUUCCAUCAUGAGGGCAUGCCUUCAGCUGGAAGUCUUUUCAGGAACUUGGACCCGUUUGGGUUUGAAGGAAUGAGCCCUUUUGGAUCUCAUUUUGAUGAAAUGAUGAGCAGAUUUUUCAAUGACUUCCGACCAGAAUCUUUCGCAGACAGUCGAUUUUAUCAAGAGGAUCGGGACUUAGAUGAAGAUAUAUCAAAGCAAGGACUUGACAAAACUUUAAGAAGUAGACCAGACCACCAUUCCCCAAACACUUUCAUGGGGAUUUCUUAUUCCGAAUCAACAGUCACAAGACCUGAUGGGACAGUAGAGCGAAGAAUUUCACACACAAAUUCACAUGGUAAUGUUGAAACAAAUGUGACAAUAACUCAUCCGGACGGUACUGUGGAAUCAGUUACAGACGAUUCUGGGUCAAGAGACUCAAGAAAUCCCACAAAUAAUAUUUUAUCAGAAUUCAGAGGGACUGAAGAACCUAUUGAUGAUCAAAGGGGACUUUUCAGAAUAAUAACAGAUGAAUUUAAAAACAUUUUCUGAUAGCCAUUUGCUGGGCAGAAUUGUUCUCAUCUCUAGGUCUAAGUUCUUUCACUGUAAAUCAAUAAAUUUCAAGCCAUGAAAUCCUGGCUUACAUAUGA